UGCCACAAAAAAAAUUUUCCGUGUCCGAAUUAAUAGGGAUAUUUAUAAUAAUUAAUGAACUUUUAAGGUUAACUAAUAUAAUGUAAAAAAUAAUGUCCAAUUCUUUUACACUUCAGACUGAACUAAUAGACGAGUUUGUGUGUCGGAUUGAUUGUUUGUGUUGAUAAUUAUGAGUAUUGUUUUGUUUUUAUAAAUCUAAUCGUCACAACAAACUCCUUACAUUGAAUAGUUUGAAACAGUUUCUGUUUUAUAAUAUAAAAAAAAAAAAAAAAUGGGAAAUUGUUUUAGCCGAACCAACAAAACUGUUAAAAAAGGAGAACAGAGCGGUCCGAACUUGUCUGAAAGAAACAAUGAUAACGGACCAGUACAGAUAAGUAUGCUUGUGCCUGUUCAGUCUCAUGAACCUACAAGUAUCAGACAUCCAGAUGCAAUAGCUAGGAGUGGACCAAUCUUACCACCUGUUCCGAUUGAUUCUGACAAUCUACUAGGCCAUAGUGCCAAAGUAUUUGUUGCCUUGUAUGACUAUGAUGCUCGAACAGACGAAGAUUUGAGUUUUAAAAAAGGAGAACAUUUAGAAAUUUUAAAUGACACUCAAGGAGACUGGUGGUUUGCCCGAUCUAAAGCUACUAAAAAGGAAGGUUACAUACCUUCUAAUUAUGUAGCUAAAUUAAAAUCAAUUGAAGCUGAACCAUGGUAUUUUGGAAAGAUAAAAAGGAUAGAAGCAGAAAAAAAGCUUUUAUUAGCUGAAAAUGAACAUGGUGCAUUUUUGAUCAGGGAUAGUGAAAGCAGACGUAAUGAUUUUUCUCUUUCUGUCAAAGAUGGUGAUACCGUAAAACAUUAUCGUAUUCGUCAGCUAGAUGAAGGAGGCUUUUUUAUUGCUCGAAGAACUACUUUCCGUACAUUACAAGAAUUAGUAGAACACUAUAGUAAAGAUGCAGAUGGCCUCUGUGUCAAUCUCAGGAAACCUUGCAUUCAGGUGGAAAAGCCAACAACUGGUGGUUUGUCACAUAACACAAGGGAUCAAUGGGAAAUUGAUCGGAGCUCUCUGAAAUUUGUUCGAAAACUUGGCCAAGGGCAGUUUGGUGAAGUGUGGGAAGGCUUGUGGAAUAAUACUACUCCAGUUGCUAUUAAGACUCUAAAAACAGGAACAAUGGAUCCAAAAGAUUUCUUAGCAGAAGCCCAGAUAAUGAAAAAACUGCGUCAUCCAAAGUUGGUGCAGUUAUAUGCUGUUUGCACUCUGGAAGAACCUAUUUAUAUAAUAACUGAAUUGAUGAAAAAUGGCAGUUUGUUGGAAUAUUUGCAAGGUCGUGGACGACCUCUGAAAUUGCCGCAAUUAAUUGACAUGUCUGCACAAAUUGCUGCUGGUAUGGCAUAUCUGGAGUCUCAAAAUUACAUCCAUAGAGAUCUUGCUGCUAGAAAUAUAUUAGUUGGUGAUGGGAAUGUGGUAAAAAUUGCUGAUUUUGGACUUGCUAGACUAAUAAAGGAGGAUGAAUAUGAAGCUAGAGUUGGGGCAAGAUUUCCAAUCAAAUGGACUGCACCUGAAGCAGCAAAUUAUAGUAAAUUUUCAAUAAAGUCUGAUGUCUGGAGUUUUGGUAUUAUGCUUACUGAAUUGGUAACUUAUGGAAGAAUUCCUUAUCCUGGUAUGACAAAUGCUGAAGUGUUGCAUCAAGUUGAGCAUGGCUACAGAAUGCCAUGUCCGCCUGGAUGCCCUCCUGCACUAUAUGAAAUUAUGCUAGAAUGCUGGCAUAAAGAUCCAAUGAAACGCCCAACAUUUGAAACACUGCAGUGGAAACUGGAGGAUUUCUUUACUAUGGAAGGGUCUGAAUAUAAAGAAGCAUCCUUAGCUUACUGACAACUACCUCCACGCCCUAGAUAUGAAUGGGGUGUGCCACAGUACAGCAGGAAUAUCUUGAUUCCUCACUAUGAUCUCAAUGGUUAAAAGAAAGCUUGUAGAAACAAGACAGUAGUAACAGUUAAAGUAAUUGGCUGUUUACUCCAGUAACAAAAAUAAUGAAACACUGAAAUGAAGUGAACUUUUAUUCCCUUCAGUUUUUAUUUCCAUUAAAAAGUAUUUCAUGCCUGUUAAUUCAACAUAUUUUUAAUGUGAUGAUUACAGUGUGUGGAAUUUAAGAGCUCUUAGUUUAUUUGAUAGGAAUUUCUAUCCGCCUUAAUGUUCUAGUGAUUAAGCCAUUCAAUUCUAUACAAGUAUGUAGCAAUUUACUUGAGCAUUUAAUAAUGAAAUAACAAUCGAUGAAUUAUAUUCAAUUUUAUCUGUGAUGAUGUAAUUAUGUGGCUGUUUUAUAUUUUCUAACUGCUUUUGUGUAAAGUCUUGACAUCUGAUCUAUGUCUACUAGACUAAUUUCUUAAACUUAGCUUUUCUAAUAAUCUCAAUAGUAUAUUAUUUUAUAUACUGACCUUGUAUAAUUCAUUCUUAGUGUUAUUGUCAAAAGUUUUUUAUAAUAUCUGACAGUUUUACAUCAGUGUUAAGGUAUAUAUAUUCAAAUACAUAUAUGUGGUGUGUUUGUAUACAGACACUUAAAGGUAAGUAUGUGUGUAUAUAUAUGUACAUACAUACAUACACCUUAAGGUUGAAAAAAUAAGGCACACCUGCCUGUUUAUAUGCAUGUCUACAAUUUGCUUAAAUAGAUGUACUUAUCAAAUAAUUGUUUUUCAAAGUAGUUUAAGCAUGCUAUUUACUAGUUACCAAUUCAGUUUUAUUGAAGAUAGCUACUACCUAUUUGAUCACACCUAAAAAGUGUAAGUUAACCUUCUGAAUAUUAGUUUAUUUAUUUAUUUAUUUAUUUUUUUUGCAAAUCUCUCCUUGUCUGCUCUUUUCGUAUUACAAACCAAUAUUUUUUUUAUCCUCGUAGAAAAUUAUAUGCUACCAACAAAUUUGUCAAAUAUUCUCCAGGAAGGUUAAAUUCUUCAUACCAUCUAAAUUUGAAUGGAAUACUGUUUAUUGCUGCUACAUCUUCAGUUCACUAAUUUUCCUCAAACCAGUUUUAAUCAUCUGGGUGCAUACCCAGUUUUAAGAAUGAAUCCAGUUUUGUUUCGUUGAUAUGUUUUCACCAAUCUGUUGGAAGCAGCCGAAAAUUGGAAAACUCAUUCAAUAUCUUCUUGAAUCCAUUGCCAUCGAUUGUAUUCAUAUGUGAACUGCAUUUAAAAUCACAAUCAACAUUUGGCAUUUAUUUAGGUGAUUUUAAUUAUUAAAAACCAAUUAUAUUAAUUUAAAAAAUAAGACAUGCAUUUCUUGACAUGACUGGUUUUUUAGAUCACUUAAUUCCAAUUUAAAAAGAAAUUGGAUCAAAGUAUAUUUUAUUUAAAAGCUGAAAUGCACUUUUACUAAACUUAUUUCAAGUAUUGACACAUAUUUUGCUAUGGACAUUAUUUAUAACAUUGAUGGCAAAGCUCUUUUUAACAGCUUACUUUUUUUCAAUCACCUUUAUCAGAAUGGUAGUAUUUAUUUGUUAUAUCUUUUUUUUUUUUUGUUAUUCAUUCAGUGUUUAUUGUUUUAUACUGCCUUUUUGUCAGAUAUUUCUGUGAAAAUGAUUGAUUGAUCAUCAGUGGGGAAAUGAACUGCUAUUACUUUACCCUAUUUAUAAAACAUUGGAAACCUGUAGUAUCUGUUUGUAAAAAUAUUGAUGAAUAUUUUUACCUUUUUUUUUCUUAAUUUAAAAAAAGGUGAAAGGGUAUAUUUUUGAAUUGCAAAAAUGAAUUCUCUGUGCAAUUUUGAUAUAACAUUUGACUCACAUCUGUUAUUCAUUUAUAUGAUUUUAUUUAGAUAUAUUUAUUUUUUUUUUAGUAUUUUUUUCUUAUCUUAUGUAAAUAAGUAAUUUUUUUUAAAAUACUCUUUAAGAAUGCUCACAAAAAUUGCUAAGUCAGUAAAUUUUCUGUGCAAGAUGGAAAAAAAAAAAAUUUCUGCUAAAAGUGUUGAGCUGUAAUCUAAUUUCUAACAUAAUGUUUAAUUGAUCAGUCCUCAGGACUGUAAAAUUAAAAGAACAUGUUCAAAUGAGUAAUGUUAUAUUUAUUAACAACGAGCUACAUUUUAGCUUGUGGCUGACAUAUGAACUGUUUUCAUUUUGACAUUGCCAUUUAGCAACUAAAGCUUCAUGACAUCAUAGUUAAUUGAUUGGUCACUACAUGUUCAUAAAUGUUGGUUAAAACAAAAACAAGUCCUUGAAAACUGGAAUAUAAAAAGAAAAUUUUAAAGACUCUUAGGAAAGAAUCAAAGUUUGAGGAAUUAAUUAGAUACAUAUGCUUUCUUGUGGAUAUUGAAUAAUGAUUACCUUGGGAAGAUGCUAUAAAAUUGGUAAAUAUCUAUAAAUAUGUUAGUUAUUAGAUUUCUUACUUACAUAUUACAUAUUAUUUUCUCCUUUAACACUAUGAAUUAUAGCAAUUGUCUAGUCAUAAUUCAGUUGCGUGAUGUCAGAUAGACAUGUAAAAAAGUGAAUGUUUUGUUUUUCAGACCAACUCAAAAAAUUGGUUGAAUAUUGCUAUCCUAAGGAUUCAUCAGUUGAUAUGUUUAAACGUAUUUUUACCUUUGUAAGCACAUGUCUAUAUGCUGGUGUUGAUCCUGAAAAAGGAUUACUCUCCAAAUAUCCUUAUAAUAAUAUGCUUACAAUUGGUUAAAUUUUAGGGGUCAUUUUAGAAUCUUUGUUCUACUAUCUUUCAAAAUGUUUUAGCUAUUCUGUAGUUCUUUGGUUUUUAAUCUUCUGUUUAUGAAUUAUUCAACUUUGGUAAGUUACUUCCGCAAAAUUUUGAUGUAUAAAUGAAAUAUUUAUUUUUACUUAUUUAAUUUUCGUCUAAAUAUAUCCUGUAUAAUAUUUUUCUCAGACUUGUCGACAUCAAACUAUUUUGUGUAGCCAUUGUUUCUCCUUUCCUUUUUUUUUUAAACAUGCAUCUAUCGUUUAACAGUGCUUCUAAUUCUCUUAAUUUUUCUUUGGUGCUAUUGUGCAAAUUUUGACAAAAUAUCAAUUUACAGAUUGGAAGAGGAGUUAUUAUACAUUUUAUCUCUUUAUUUUUUUUCUCUGUAUUUUAGAGAUAUUAUCUUUAUAAUUAAUAUCUCUAAAAGAAAUUAGGACGAAGGUGAUUGCUCUUUUCUGAGGUUUCAGGAUGAGAAUCAUGUUAACAACCAAAUUUUUACAUGAUGUAUAAGCAAAGAGGUAAUCAUUUGAAAUUUUAUAUGGUCUUGUACUUUCCUGCAAGAUCAACACCCUAAAUUAGUUUUCUGUUUAAUUUUUUUGUAGACUUUAGAAUAUAAAAUCUAUCACUCUAUUUGCCCUCUAUUGUGUCCUGACUAAGGUUUACAAAUUUCGAUCUCUUAUUAAAUUUGAACAAAUUUUUAACUUUAUCAGCAAAUAUAUAUAUACAUAUUUGUUUACCAUAGUAAUUUUACUUUGCAAAUAUUUUUUUCUACUUUAAAUGAAUAAGUAUGCAUCACUAUGCCAUUCUGUUGUAUGUUUAGAUAAAAAUUAAACGUACUUUCAUUUACAUUAGCUCGAUAAAUAUUGUAAGUAGAGACUUUGUAUGAAUGUAUCAUUACUUUAAAAUUAUACUUAAGAUACUCAAGGAGGUUAGAGCAGUAAAUUUAUAAAGGGGCCAUGUCAUCCACAUUGCCUUAUGAUUCAAUUUCAUCAUUGUGCAUAUCCAAAUACUGCUGUGCCUCUUGAUAGAAAUUAAAUUCAUUUUACAUACUUCCCAUUUGAAUUUUUAUUUAUUUAACUUGUAUGUUUAAUAGCCAUUAUAACAAACUGACAGUUUUCUAUUUAAUUAACUAUUUUUUAUAGUUUUCAUUUUAAAAAUUGUUUUUACUCUCACAGUGGCUUAAAUGUUUGUCUUGUGUGGUCUUUAAAUUUUUGUUACUGUGUGUGUUUCAAUAAUAGACCUCAAGCAUUUAUUAGUAAUUUUCAUAAUAAUGGUCUAUUAUUCAUUAUGUUUGACUGAUAUUUUUAAUAUAAACAUAGAAACUAAUUGUUCUAUCAAUUUGAAUUAUAUGGAAGUUAAACUUUUAACCACUUUUUAAUGUGUUCCAAUAGUUAAAUUUAUUUUACAUUCCUUAUUAAAAUUAUUUUAGAGAGUGAAUGUUGAAACAUUUAUUUUUCCUUUUAAGUAAUAUCUGAACAUUUUAGUACUGACUCAUGAAAAAUAAAUUCUGGUCAAUUAUUACAGAUGCUUAAUUUUUUUAAUGCUCAAAAUCUUUAAUCCUGUUCUAAUUUUAUACAUUAUCUAAUUUUAUAUUUUUCUUUAUCUGCUCUACUGUUUCAUAUUCACAGUAUUUUGAUCAUGGAAUUACUCUGUUAAAUUGCAUUUAUUUAUGUAGUUAAUAUGAGAACAACUUUCCUUCUAACUUGCUUAUUAAACAUAAUUGUGGAAACUA